GGAGGGGCCCACAGCGCGGCCGAAGGACGCCCCGUCCUCUAACUGCUGCCCCCUGGCUGAGCCGGGCGCGGCGAGGAGGCGGCGCCGCUGCCCUGGCCGCGGGACUGCCCUCGGCUCCCUCCCGCCCUGACGCCAGCGCGCCCCCCGGGCAGCGCCGGCGCCUGGGGCUCCGGGUCCGCCCUGGGCAAGGAGACCGCCGGACGCCGCCUCGGCCCCGCGGCUGUCCCGACGUGCGACCGGCGCGCGCUCCUGUGGCGUGGCAGACACCUGUGAGUCACUGGAGGAUUCCUGUCCAGCAGACCCUUGGCCAGGUGCCUGGGAUAGCGCCUCGCGUCCCCUAAAUGGGGAGAGUUAGCCCCUGCCCCUCCCACCUUGGUCUGAGCCUCCAGAUGAAAGGCGUUAUAAGCUGCAGUCGCACCAUCCUUCCUCCUUUAUACCUGAGGACUGAAUGAAGAUUUUCAGAUAAACACUGUAUGUGAAGAGUGGUAAAGGGAACAGUGAUUGCUGAAGGGGCCUGGAGAGAAAAAGCACUGGUUAACGUCACACGGACAGAUGCUCACUGUUUUCCAAAGAUGCUGUUGAAGUAGUUAGUCUUUCCUACUGCUUUGCUUCACUCAAAGUUCUUCAUAACAUGGGCUGCAUGAAAUCAAAGCAAACUUUCCCAUUUCCUACCACAAUUGAGAGUGACAAGCAGCACGCAAGUGCAGAGAGCUUUAUGUCAGAUGAGAGAUUUCAACCUAGGAUGCCUUCUGAAGUUAUCAGAGAGGAAGUGAAGGAACCCACAGAGUCCGAAAUUGUAGUCUUUGAAUUUGCACACCGCCUGUCCCAGGAAAUCUUGAGCGAUGCCUUGCAGCAGUGGGCAGACAGUAACAUCAAGUACUGUGACAUCCCAUUCAUUGAGAGUGAGGGGCCUUGAUGCUGGAGAAUUAUGAUACCUUCUUGAACUAUGGAUAUAGUUGGUGCUAGUUUAAACACAUGAAAUGAAAGCAGAAUGUUAUAUGAAUAAAUAUUGGUUCCAUCUGAAUGUAAAAAAUCAGUCUAUGAUCAUAUCAAGAAUACAGGAAUGCCUAAAAUGAAAUGUGUUUUAAGCAGUUGUAUGGUAAUAGCAAUUUCUGUCUGCUUGUUCUUGGAUCGUAGUCACUUAAAGGGCUGACAGUAAUCAGCUCUAUGUCACAUAUAGUUUCAGACAAUAUAGCAUCACCAAAGAAAUAAAAAUUUAAAAAUGCUCCAAGACCCCAAAUGAUUUAAAGACACUCCUUUAAAGUAAUAUUAAUUUACACCAAAACCAAGAUAUGAAAAGGAUUGUUCUUGAAAUGUCUUGGCAGUGAAUGGCACUCAAGCCAUAGCGAUUAGCAGUAGGUUUUGUUUGUCAAAACUGUUUGUGUUAAGGAUCCCUACUUCUUAACAAAAAUGAUCAAGUGUUAGAGAGCAACCCGCACAGAAGGGA